AUGGAUUCAAAACGAAUCCUAGUCAUAGGGAAGUCAAAAUCUGGUAAAGUAACGUUUGUGAAAGCUUUGACGGGGACUUUGCCCAGUGGACUAAACCUGACAUCAAAUGAAACAUCACAUGCUGGCUUAUCGCACGAAUAUACAUUGAAAAAUAAGUACUUUCAAAAGGAGGUCGGAUUAUGGAUUGACGAAUACACAAAUCUGGAAGAAACACUCGAGGCAUAUGCUUCUGAGGACGCUAAGGAAGUAAUCAAUGCUAUCGGUGCCAUUAUCUACACAUUUCGCUCCUAUGAACCUCAAGAAUGGUCUCUUUGGAACACUUUUAGUGAGAAUUUAAAGAAUCCUAUCCCCAUUGUUGGACUUCACAUGGACACUUCAUCUAUGGUAGUGCCUCCUGAUAGCCCAUACCUGGAGUAUGUAGCAUUUUUUCAGACAGGAAAAAAUGAGUUUGGAGAAAAACUAGGACUUGAACGUGUUUUGGAAAUUUUCGAUUGUUGCGAAUGGGACUUUGAUUCUAAUGAGAAUGUUUCGGAAGAUUUUGUGUUGCCAGGUAAAGAUUCUUCUAUGUCACUAGAUGAUUCAGAGUUGAAUGCUCUCGUUAAUCAAGUGAAACAGCUUCGAGGGUCGGAUUUAGACAUACAGGAAAGGAAAAAGCAGGCAAUAUCGUUCAUUAAUUCCCUAGUGGACGAGAGAUUUCAAGAAUCAGACCUAAAUUAA